CUGAAGAAAUUUUAAGGAGUUGAAUGAAUGUCAUACAGACCUCUGCCUAUGGCUGCUAAAUCAAAGCUUUACAGUUUUAUGUGAAGAAUUAAAAAUAUAUAGGAGUAUGUAAAGAAAUGUUGUAACUGUAAAUGGAAGUAACUUUUCUCUAUUUUGUUCAAUUAUAAAGUAUGAAUUUAGACCCUCCAGCCCCUGCAUGGGUUUUAGUUUCCAAUCUUGUAACUAUAAAAUCUAACUUUAGGCCCCAAGACUAUAAUAUAACUUAGUAAAUUUAUGGAACAUGUUGAUACAGGUACAAAAAUGUCAGCAAAACUGAUGUACGCCAGAGUUGGAUUAAGCAUCCAGAGUGCGCCACCUCGUCAAACUAAGACAAUGGAAGAACUUUUUCCUGCACCUGACAGGUUUAUAAAUUACAGAUGCAUUCAGCGUAAACAAUUCAUGUGAUUGAUAAACUCAUAUUAUCAACCUUGACACAGAAAUAGUUUGUUGUACAAGCAAACAAUCAGGGAUUAGAAGAAAGUUCCAGUCGUAAAGCUUGCGGUUAGGAGGCGUAUACUAUUUACCUUGAACGCAUCUGUCAAACUAGAAGAUCGUGACGUAAUAUAAAACUUCAACUCAACUGCAACCUUUACAAUGCAUUGGAUACUAUCCCCCGAGCCGCCUGUGCCCACACUUGCAGUGCCUCUAGUUGAAGACCUCAUCUCUAGCCAGGAAUUUAUUUCUGCAGAGAAUCCAAUUGCUCGGAUGAAGCAAAAAUUAAUGAUAAAUGAGCAAGAAAUCCAACAGAUUGCCUGUCUUACCACUGGUCAAAAGGAAAAUUGCAUGUGGUCAUCUGUUAGGAAGAAAAGAUCAACAGCUUCAAACUUUGGUUGUGUUUUGGCAGCGAUCAAGAGAAAUAGAUAUCCUGUCUCCUUAUACAAAAGAUUAUGCUCAGCUUAUGAUCUGUCAAAGAAGGAUGCCAUUAUUUGGGGGACGUGCAAUGAAAAAGUCGCAAUUGAAAAGUAUAGAACUUUUGGGGAUGCAGUUGUAGAGCCAAUAGGUAUCUGGCUACACUGUAAUGGGGUUCUUGGGUCAAGCCCGGAUGGACUCAUUCGUCGUCCUGCUGCAUUCGGAUUCAGCUAUCAGAAUCCAGGACUCGCUGACAUAUUAGAGAUGUCAAACGUUAAGCCAGAAAUACUGGAGGUGAAAUGCCCCUUUUCAGCAAAGAAUAUGACAAUUCCAGAAGCUAUUGAAAAAGUACACGAUUUCUGCCUAGAGGUUCAGGAUUUUAAUGGAGUCAAGUCCUUCAAGCUAUGAGAGAACCACCAAUAC